AUGAAACUCAGCGGUCUAGGCCUGGGCCAGGCUGCCAUAGUAGGCCGCUUCUGGGUGGACGGUUCUCCAACACUCAUCCGGGGCGGUCUUCAAUGCUACUACAGUGCUGCAUCUGACCAUGUGUUCUGGCAGCCUAUUCCACAGUGGGAUCACCAUGCUGGUGAAGAACCUUGCCUGGAGUUACAGCCUACUCUGAUGACGCUGGAGUCUGAAGCUAUGCCCCCUGGUGCCACUUUCCGGGAUCACAGAGAAUAG